GGACAAACUGCCAGUGACAUUGAAGCAUUACAGCAAGCAUAUCAUCACGUUGAUCAGUCCUUGGGAGACACUGAUGAGCAGAAAUUGCACAGUUCUGCAGUGGCAGUCUCAGAAGGCUUAGGGCAAAGCAUUUCACAAAAUAAUGACAUCUACUCAAAAAACAUGUCAACUGUUGAUUCAGAUUUACCUACUGUGGAAGAAUUGAUGAAAACAAUUAAAGGACAUUCAUGUAAUAUCAGAAGUUUUGAUGUGGAACCUGAAAGUCCUGUGAAAUUGGUAGGCAGCACAGAAAAUGACCUCAUCAGCCACUCACCCUUUGAAGACCCCCAGAGUGAUACAGUUUGGGAGACAAACUUAAUUGAAAAGUUGAACAGAGAAAAAGGCAUCUUUCUACAGUCAAGUGUGAAUGAUGAUAACUUUCAGAGGGUGACUGAGAAAGAAAUUCAGACCAGUGAAGUACAGCCUGACAUACAAAGCAAAAAAGUUGUACAAGACUCUCUGCUUUCACAAGGCAGCAAAACUAAACAAGCUCUUCGGUCUUGUUCCUUGAAGAGUGAAAGAUCAGAAUCAACUAAACCAAUGUCAUACAAGAAUAUCAGAACUUCAGCACCCUUACAUAAAAAGAAACCUUCAUAUGGUCCUCAUGGGCUGGUUAGAAGUUCUGGCUAUGGGAAACCCAGUUCACUCUCAAGACAGCCUUUUCCAGUUAGUGAGAAGAAAACACCAAAAGAAACUUUCAGAAAGACCUGUAUGAAAGCCAGAAGUCCUGCAGAUAGAGCAAAAUCUAAAGAAGCCUUAUUUGCUACUAGGAUAAUAAGAUCUGCAGUGAAUGAACCAACUUUGGAGAGAAGUAUUAACAGAGUUUUGUCUGGCCAAUCAGUUGUUAAUAGUCUUGAACACCAGGCUGUGGAUUCUAAGAGGCAUGAGUUAUCAUUUUCUCCUAUCAGAGGUUGUGAUAGAGAACUAUAUUUGUUGAAACGAGUACAAACUGCAGAGGAGGACCUGAACGCAGCUCGGGAUUUGAUUCAACAACUGUCCAGCAAGGUUUCACAAAAAGAGAAAGAAAUGGAGACAAAGAUAAUAGAAUUGAAAACACAGCAUGAAAAAGAACUUUCUCAUCUGGGUCAGGAAAAUUAUGUUCUUCAGAGUAAGUUAAGAAGUAUGGAAGAGAUGGCUCAAGAAAAGAGAUGGACCCACCAUACAGCAGCAAUUCCUGUAACUCAAGAAAAACUGACACAAAUACAAAAAGAAAUUGAAGAUCAAGAGCUCAUUAUUCAAGGUUAUCAGCAGGAAAAUGAGAGGCUAUACAAACAAAUGAAAGAUCUACAAAUCCAAAACAAAAAAAAUGAGGAACAAAUGUUUAAGGAGAAUCAGUGUUUAAUGUCUGAAUUAAGAGACCUAAGAGAAAAAGUAGAGAAGACUAAUAACCAGUCACGAAUUGUGCAGGAUUCUGAUCCAGCCAGAAAUCAGAGUUUCACAGAAUUGAUUUCAGAGCUUCGAGCAGCACAGAAGGAAGAAGCUAAAUUACAAGAAGAGAUAAGACAUCUCAAGCAAGAUAAGCAAGCUCUCGAGGUAGACUUGGUACAAGCAAAGAAGGAGAGAGAUUUAGCAAAAAUCCAGAUUACAUCUGCAUCAAGUGAUAAAUCUUACGAAUUUAAAGUUAUGGAAGAAUCAUACAAACAGGAAAUUACUCAUUUAAAAAGAAGACUUCAGUGGUAUGCGGAAAAUCAAGAUCUUCUGGAUAAAGAUGCAGCCCGUCUUAAAGAUGCAAGACAAGAAAUUGAGAAACUAAGACUAGAGGUUGAGAAGCUGAGAGCUGAAGCAGGAGAUCAGUGUGUGCAACAGAAAAAACGUUUGCGAGACAGAGCAGCAGAUGCUAAAAGAAUUCAGGAUCUUGAGCGACAGAUCAGAGAAAUGGAAGGAAUUCUAAAAAGAAGGUAUCCAAAUUCUUUGCCUGCUUUGAUUUAUGCUGCUGCUGCUGCUGAGAAAACGAAUGAUCUUUCAGCUAAAACAAACACAGUUGAAUUUUUGGAGAGAAGAAUAAAGAAAUUAGAAACAGAACUUGAAGGUAAAGAUGAUGAAGCUAAGAAAAGUCUCCGUGCCAUGGAACAACAGUUUCAAAAAAUAAAGAUACAGUAUGAGCAAAGACUUGCAGAGCUUGAGCAACUACUUGCCCAUGAAUUUAUGAGUGAAACACCAAAACUGAAUGGUGAUAAAGCUGGUUCUACAGAACUUGAGCAGGAGCUUCGGAAUCUAAAGAAGACCCAUCAAAUCACUGUUAGAAACCUCCAGACAGAAAUUGAAAAUCUUAAAAGUCAAAAUUCCCAAUUAAAACUCAGAAGUAAAAAUGAUAAUAAAGAUUUAGAGCACACAGACUCUAAAAUGAAACAAGGUAACGCAAAAGACAGAUUGUUAAAACUAAAUGAGGAACUGGUCACCAAAAAUAAAGAAAUACAAGACCUUACAAAAACUGUCGAGAAACUUCAAAAAGAAAGGAUGGUGAUGUUGUCUGACAAUAAUUUGAGAAAUAUAACCAAUAAUAAGGAAAACUCUACAGAGGUCGUGAAAAAGAAUACCUCAGCAACAGAUAAAAGGAAUUCCCACUACAGUGAACCCUUUCUAAGCAUUUUCAAUGAUGACAAAAUAUACCAAGCACAUACCUUUUCUGAUUCUCAUCUCUCAGAAGUUCUGAAAGAAAAUGCGCAGCUGAAAGAGGAGCUAGAGAGAUUGUCUCUGGAAAUGAGCCAGCAGAGGGUAAAGUCUCAAGCAGCACUGGCUUAUUCUGAAAAUAACAUACGAAGAAUACAGGAGGACACAGCAGAAUACAUUGCAUCUCUGAAAGCUUCCCAUCAGAGGGAAGUGGAGAAGAUUGUUUGCCAGCAUGCAAAGGAGCACUCUACUUCUAAAGUAGCUGAACUAAGCAACAGAAUUUCAGCACAAGAGGUAUUAAUAAACCAUCUUCAAGAACAAAUCAGUGAACAACAGAGGCAUCAGGAAGCUCUUUUGGUUUCACAGAUACGAGAACAACUCCUACAAAAAGAGGUGACAAAAUUGUUGGAAGAACUGAGAGAGGCUAAGGAGAACCAGAGUCCUGAAAUGAAACAUUUCUUGUGCCUGGAAAAGAAAAUCAAGCAUAUAGAGACCAGACGUGCAGAAAGAGAGCAAGAAAUUCAAAAGGCAACCCAACUAACACAUCACGUUACUGAAGCAAGGCAAACUCAUGAGGCUGAGAAGUGGCGAAGACUGGCACAGCAGAAAAAUCAAGAACUGGAGAAAUUUCGAGUGGAAUUGGAUUCAAUAUUAGAUGUUUUACGUGAACUGCAGAAACAAGGGGUUGUUAUUCCUGCGCCUGAUUCUGUUGGAUUCAGAAUGACAGACAGCUGCUGGAAGACAUGAUUAGGUAGUAGUUGAUUAGAGAAGUAGAAUUUUAAUGUUCAAAGUUAUGUGUAGAAAAUGUUACUGAAAAUCAAUAAUGUAACACACAUAAAUUGAAUUGCAUUCUGAUUUUAUCUGUAAUCUUGCAUGUCCAAAGGUAGACGUGCAUUGAGCAAUACUCUAUUCAUUUUGUAUGUCUUAUAUUUUGUUAGUAGUAAGGUUACAUACAAUUUUUUUGUAAAUAAUAGGAAUAUUGAGGUUAUUCCAUAAAUUCAAUUACCUCUGAAAAAUACCCUUCUUCAGAUACUGUAGAACAUGCCUGAAUAUUUUUAACUUUUGUUUAUUACUUGUGUUAUCGUGAUUCCUUUGUGAACAAUUUGAGUAA